UUAGCUGCGGCACUGGAGAGAGAGUGUUGACCUGCGCUCUGGACAUUUAAACAUUUACAAUAAUAAUAAGAAUAAUAAGAAGAAGAAUUUCUUUGCACCUCGCGCCUGUUUAAUCCAAUGGGCUUUUUUCCACCUAGAGAAAGAUGUGACUGAGCUCCGGCUGUGUGUGUAUGUGUGUGUGUGUAUGUAUGUGUGUGUGCGCGCGCGUGCGUGCGUGUGUGUGUGUGUGUGUGUGUGUGAGAGAGAGAGAGAGGCGGGCCGUGCAUGCGCCACAUCUCUUUCACUAAUGGAAGUUAUUGUUGUUGCGAGUUGUUUCUAACUAUGAGGUGCACGAGAAGCGGCUUUCUCUCCUGGCCUUCCUUAUUCACCACGGACCACUGAUUUUUUUUUUUUUUAAAUUAUAAUUUAUUUAUAUAUGUUUUUUUGUCUUUUGUGCGCGCGCGGGUGUGUACGUGUGUGUGUGUGGAGGAUUUUUUCCCCCCUUUAAACCGAGAAAUACCAAAUCGCACGAGGAAGUAAAGAGCUGAAAGCAGCGCGAGGCAGAACUACACCGCCGAGAGGGAUUUAAAUCGCCUGGCUCUUUUUUUGUUGUUGUUGUUGUUGUUGUUGUUGUUGUUGUUGUUGUUGAGAAGAAGGAGGAAAGAAGAAGAAGAAGAGGCACGCGGAGAAAACAAGAGGAAAUUCAUGUAGCUCUUCUAUCUUUAGCGACAUUUUUCUUCUUUUUUUUUUUGGUAUUGGAUCGCAGGAUGAGCAAAGACAGACCGAAGAGGAACAUCAUCCACAAGAGAAGAGAUGACGACAGCGAUGGGAUCCCCUGGUCGGAAGAGCGAGUGGUGCGGAAGGUCCUCUAUCUCUCGCUGAAGGAGUUUAAGAGCGCACAGAAACGCCAGCUCUGUGACGGCCUCAGCGAUGGAGCCAAAAGCCCGAACGGUUCUCUGUCUAGUGUCCAGCUCAAUGGUUCUGGCUCUAAAGGAGGACGUAAAGAGGACGACUCUCGCUCUCAGAGUACGGAUGGAGGGAGUGAAUGCUGGGAGGAUGGACAGGCCAAAAAGAGACCCAGACUUCAGGCCCAGAGGAAAUUUGCUCAGUCUCAGCCCAACUCCCCCAGCAGCACGCCGGUGAAGAUGGCUGACCCGUCACUGCCCACACCAGCCACGCAGAUCACCGACCUCUCCAGACGCAAGCCCAAGACCGAAGACUUCCUCACUUUCCUCUGCCUCAAAGGCUCCCCGGCUUUACCCAGUAACAUGGCCUACUUUGGCAGCUCUCAGGAUGAGGACGAGCUGGAGGACGAUGAGGAAUGCGAGGAGGAGAAGCCGCCCAGCGUGGCGUCCACAUCGUGCCAGUCCACACCACGGAAAGGCAAACCGCCCGGCAGACUCAACGAACAGGUGUUUAAUGGCCACACUAAGCUGAUGAAGGAGAGGGACAACACGCUGAGGCCGAAAGUCAGAGAGUCAUCAGUGGGGAAGGAGCGCUCGGAGAAGGUGGACGAGUGGAGAGACGUCCCACAAUCCGCCACAACCAGAACUCACACCUUAAACGGAAUUGGCAUUAAAGGAACCACAGAGGAACUACGCAAGCAGGUCUCUAAAGUGAACGGCUUUUCGCAGCCAUCUCCUGCGACCGUGGCCACUGCCAAAAAGUCAAAAGACUGCCGCCUACCCUCCAGAACUGUGAAGUACACGGCCACCGUGACCAAAGGCCACGUCACCUACACCAAAGCGAAAAGAGAACUGGUAAAGAAAGCCAAACUGAACCACAGCAAACAUGCUGCUUCUGCUGGCGGUAAUCAGCAUCCAGCCAGCAACGGGCACGGUGCCCAGCCCCCUCACUCAGGGAAAGCCCCAAGUGGCAAUGCAAAAACCCGUAAACAGGUGCUGUUAUCACACGGGCUGCACAGCGCAGCCAAUGGGGGCAACGCUGUUCGCUUCAACGGGAGGAUCAAUGGACUCCAUAGUUCCAAGGAGGAGGAGCUGGAGGACGAGAGCCGGCAGGGGCGGCAGGGUCUGCGCAAUUCCAAACGCAGGAUGGAUACAGGACCAAAGCUUAUGGAGCCUAAGUCCAAGGUCUUGUUCUCAGAGGCUAAAAAGCCUAAACUGGCAUCACAUCCUGUCGUGGAGACGCGCAGCAAGAAGGUGCUAAACCAGGACAAGGCUUCAACCGCCCUUGCUAAUGGGCACAGCAUCACAGAAACAGCUGCCUCACCCACACCAAAAACAGGCCCCACCCCUGCCCCAGCCUCACCAGCUGCCCCCGGCUCCGCCCACCAGAGCCCAGCCAACCCGGAGCCAGCAAGGCAACGGCCUAAGCGUGCCUCAGCCGGGAGGCUAAUGUUUAUCCACAGAGCACAGCAGAGGGUCAAGAGCUGGCAUGCUAACUCUAAUGCUAACACUACCUCAACCAGCAGGCCCUUGAGAGGGUCAGAGCCUCAGACCACACCUUACCGGGUGGAGCGGGAGCGCGAGAGGGAAAAGGAGAGAGAAAAGGAGCGGGAGAGAAGCCGGGCAGGCCUGGCAGCAUUGCCUGAGGUUCCUGUAAUGAGGCCCAACUCAAGGGAGUUUCAGGAUCCACUGGUGUACCUGGACACGGUGCGAGAAUGUGCAGAAGCGAGCGGGCUGUGCCGAGUGGUCCCGCCUCCUGACUGGCGUCCCGAGUGCAAGCUAAAUGACGAUAUGCGCUUCGUCACACAGGUGCAACGUGUGCACAAGCUCGGCCGCCGCUGGGGGCCCAACGUCCAGAAACUUGCCUGCAUCAAGAAGCACCUCAAAUCUCAGGGCAUCAGCAUGGAUGAGCCGCCAGUCAUCGGAGGCUGCGAGGUGGACCUGGCACGCUUCUCCGAGCUGGUCAGUGACAUGGGUGGGAUGCAGAGGGUGAUGGAUCUGAAGAAGUGGAGCCGUUUGGCGGAUCUGCUCCGAAUCCCGAGGUCAGCUCAGGAACGGCUGGCUAAGCUCCAGGAGGCCUACCUGCAGUUCCUGCUCUCCUACGACCAGCUUUCUCCGCACGAGCAUCGCCGCCUCGAGCACGACGUGCUGGCCGAGAAGGAGAUGCUGGAGCGUCGGCGGGGGCCCCUGGAGGGUCACUCAGAGAGCGGGAACGGCCACGCCCUGGUACUGCCGCGCUAUGAGCCCAAAAACGGGCUCCACGGACCAGGAAAGGAGCUGGAGACGCCGCGGAACCCCGGACGCCGCAGACUCUUCUCUCAUGAGAAGAAAAAAGAGGGCCAUGUAGGAGAGGAAGGAAACGAAGGGGUUCUCAGUGACCAGCACAAGUGUAUAUAUAAGGGGAGAUCGGUGUCUUUGACCACUUUCUACAGAAUAGCCAGGAACACGUUGAUGAUGUGCUUCAAUAAGGAACCCAGAGCAUCGGAAGUCGAGCAAGAGUACUGGAGAAUAGUGGAGCAGAGGGACUGCCACGUAGCGGUGCAUUAUGGGAAAGUGGACACGAACACACACGGAAGCGGCUUUCCCGUGGGGAAGUCAGAGCCUUUCUCAAAACAUGGAUGGAACCUCACUGUCCUCCCUCACAACUCCGGCUCCAUCCUGCGUCACCUCGGUGCCGUGCCCGGGGUGACUGUUCCCUGGCUGAACAUUGGCAUGGUCUAUUCUACCUCAUGCUGGUCACGAGACCAAAACCGCCUUCCAUACAUUGAUUACUUACACACUGGUGCUGACUGCAUUUGGUAUUCGAUUCCUGCUGAGGAGAAGGCUAAGCUUGAUAAAGUAGUGCACACGCUGCUGCAGGCCAACGGCACACCGGGACUCGAGAUGCUGGAGAAGAACAUAAUGAUCUCUCCGGAGGUUCUGAGUCGUGAGGGGAUUAAAGUUCACCGGACGGUGCAGCAGAGCGGUCAGUUUGUGGUGGUUUUUCCCGGCACGUUCGUGUCCAGAGUGUGCUGCGGCUACAGCGUGUCAGAGACGGUGCACUUCGCCACGCCGCAGUGGAUGAACCUGGGCUACGAGGCUGCCAAGGAUCUGAAAUGCAGACGCAUCGCUAAACCCUUCUCCAUGGAGAAGCUGCUCUACCAGAUCGCCACGGCCGAGGCCAAACGAGAGAACGCACUUCUGCUCAGUACAAUCUCCUCUCCUCUUAAAGAUCUCAGGAACACAGAGAUGAGGCAGAGGCAGGAGCUCUACGAGGCCGGGCUGCUCUCCUCCGCUCGCUACGGCGCUCACGAUAACAGCCAUGCAGACAACAGGAAGAAACCACGCAAGUGGCCGGCGCUCGAGACGUCCGAGAGACGGUGCCAGAUGUGCCAACACCUCUGUUACCUGUCCAUGGUGGUGCAGGAGAGCGAGAACGUGGUGUUCUGUCUGGAGUGUGCGCUGCGCUACGUCGAGAAACACAAGUCCUGCCGUGGACUGAAGCUGAUGUACCGCUACGACGAGGAGCAGAUCAACAAUUUGGUGAACCUGGUGUGCUGUAAAGCCAUGAGGAGUUCAGCGGAAAGCUGUAACGGCUCCAGUCCCAACAAAACACCGAGCAAGCGCCGCCCGAGGAAGAGCGCCUCCUUAGAGCUGACUCUGACACGCUUGGGCAAAAACGCCACCAUGGCCAUCUCAUGAGAGAGAGAGAAAGAGGGAGAGAGGGGCAGGAGAAAGAGACGGAGAGACCUCCUGCUCUGAGCUCCUGAGAUCUGCCUUUAACCAAUCACACCUCUCUCUUCUGAGGAUCUUCUGCCUCCUACAGUACGGCGAAACUUGCUACGUGCUAGCGAGCUGCCUUUUUUGCACUAGAGCGAAAGAAGGUUUUUUUUUUUUGAGGAUUUUUUUUUUUUUUGAGUUUUUCCUUUUAGUUAGCAUUAAGCGGCGUCCUCUCUGGUCUGAUUAAAAGCGAGACAGACGGACAAGACAAGACAGAUCAGACGUCAUCCUCUGGUGUUUUUACCCCUCCUCAUCCUCGGCCCUGUCGACUGCAUACACACUCAGCCUGAACUGUGAAUCAAGACACGUCGGUGCUCCUCUUUUUGAAUCCUUUUUUCCAUUUUGUUUUUUUUUUGUGUGUGUCAAGAUUCCAGAGACACAAAUCGCCGUACGCUCGUCUCGGACUGCUCCGUAUCGGUUUGUUUGGUUUUUUAAUUUUUUGCCCUCAGUUUUUCAAAACCGAACAAGUUUGACCUCUUUGAGUUAGCUGUGCAGCAAAGUAACACUUGAAAAGUUAUUAUUAUUAUUAUUAUUAUUAUUUUUAUUUUUGUUUCUCCUCCUCCGGGAGGAUUUUAAUGGGACGGGUGGAGAUGUGCUGACGAGCUCCUGUGCUGACACUAGCCCACUCCUUUAAUUGUGCCUGAUCUUCAGCCGAGGAGCUCCGUCUGAUUCUUUGGUGCUGUUUUUAUUUCAUUUUAUUUUAUUAAUAUUAUUAUUAUUAUUAUUAUUUACAUCAACACACAAAACAAAGUUAAAUGAAAAAGGAGUGCUAUCUGCCUUUCAGAGGCUUUCCGUCUUCGACAUGUGCAAUCGUGUUAACAUUCCACACUUAAUUCAUCUGUACCAGUUAACAUUAAUUAUUAUUAUUGUUAUUUUUAUUAUUAUUAUUAUUGUAAUUAUUAUUGUUGUUUUUUUACCAUUAUUUUUUCACGUCGUUUUUUCAACUAUUAGACAGAGGGGUAAAAUGUGAAAAUAGUUUUUUUUUCUUUUUUAUUUCGUUUUCUUGUGUACAUAAUCCUGUAAAUGUGUGUUUAAAAUACUUGAGCCUCUGCCUCGAGGUGCCAGGAAGAGGAAACGAGAUGAAAAAACACGCCACGAAGAAACAGCCUUACCUUUCCGUUUCUUCAUCCGGCCGGAGCGUGUGAGUGUGUGUGAGUGUGUGUGAGUGUGUGUGUGUGUGUGUGUGUGUGUGUGUGUGUGUGUGAGUGUGUGUGAGUGUGUGUGAGUGUGUGUGAGUGUGUGUGAGUGUGUGUGAGUGUGUGUGAGUGAAUGAGAGAGAGAGAUGGAGACAUGUACAGGGUUCCUCUGGCAUCGUGGAGAAAAUCUGAAGUGCUGCUUAAUAUCGCUAUAAAUAAGAUAUGGAGUAGCGAUGCCCCCUCUUUACCCCCCACUCCCCCAUUCCAGGUUUCUUGUUUUUUUGUUUUUUUUUAGCUUUACUUUUUUAAAGAAAAAAUGACUUAAAAAAAAAAAAAAAAAAAAAAAAAGGUUUUUACAUUUUCAUUACUGAAAAUUCAACAAUGUAGUAGCUUCUCAUAUUGCACUGAGCUUGCCAGUGAUGACUGUCAAGGAAAAAAAACAAAAACCCUAUAAUCCAGUUGUCGUCCUUUCCAGAAGACUGAACUGUUUUAGGAAUAUUUAAUGAAAACCAAGUCAGGUUUUUGUUUUUGUUUUUUUUCAACAGGAAUAAAAAUAAAAAAUAAACACGGUUGUCGAGUUUUUAUGGCCUUAGACAAUGUAUUUUAUUCACUUUUUGCUGUUUUUUUAUUUUUUAUUUUAUUUUAUUUUUUGAAAGGUUGUAUAUCAGAUUUGCUCAGUUAAUUUAUUCGCACUGCAUUUCAGCCUUUCCACACACACACACACACACACCACACACACACACACACACACACACACACACCACACACACACACGGGAAGAUUUCGUGUUUGUUCUAUUGCCAGUUUUGUUUUUUGUUGUUUUUUUUUUACUUUUCAAGUUUGUACUCAAGGUUUAAUAAAAACUUACGGACAG